UCUGGUGAGGGCUGCUUUUCCUCCUGUGUAAAACCUUUGGCAUGUCUGUUUCCCUGUAAGAAAAACUGGAAUUUCUGCAUGUAAACCACUUUCUAACAGAAGGAAAGCAAAAGGCAAGCAGCCCUAAAUAGGGAGACCAAAAUAUCCAUACAGCUUUAGCCUGUCAUACGUUUGGAAGGGAUGAAACUGGCUGAGAGGCAUUUGUAAAGAACAGGGGGGGAAGCUGUAACAUCUCUUUGUGCAGAACACAACGGAACAUGGAAUUCACUUAUCUUCUUCUGUGGAAUAUGUAAAUUUGUGGUUUACCAGCCAAGGAAUACAGGUAAAAUAUGGAAAAACAACGAGAAAUAUCAUUGCCUGACACGUGUUUGCACUUUAAAGAUCCGGACCUGCAUCAUUUGAUAUCGGCAAAAGGCACUGUGAUUAUGAUGUAUUGAACACCUCUGUGUUUGCAUGAGUGACUGUAACGGAGGCAGGAGAAAAAUGUGCUAAGGACCAAAUUACAGUGGACCUUAGGAAAUGUUCCUUACAAACCACAGCAGAUGGCAUGGAACACUUGGGGAACUGUUGGCAUUUUCAGGGCCAUAAUUCUGGAUUUUAUCCCUGUGGAUCUGAAAGAGACCAAUGUUGGAAAAAAGUUACUCCCUUUUCUUCCUCCAUAUUAUCUCUCUGCAAAACUCAGGUUUAAACAUGGAUUUGCAUGAUAAUCAAAACUUUGUAAAUUUCACCAAGAGCUCCUUAAUCGAAAUAAACCACGACAGAAGAUUCUACAGGAGCGAUAUGUUAGCAACAGGAGUUAAUACUUCGGAAAUUUUAAACUGGACCAUGGCUUCAGAAAACCUAACUCAUCUCACUACUGAAGGAAGCAAAUUUUCUUUGGAAAAGAACUGGCCGGCUCUUUUAACGGUCACUGUUAUACUGGUUACCAUUGCUGGGAAUAUUCUUGUCAUAAUGGCAGUGUCUCUGGAGAAAAAGCUACAAAAUGCCACCAAUUACUUUCUCAUGUCCCUUGCUAUAGCUGAUAUGCUUCUGGGCUUUCUAGUCAUGCCUGUUUCUAUGUUGAACAUUCUGAAUGAUUAUGAAUGGCCUUUACACCGAAAGCUUUGCCCUGUGUGGAUUUAUUUGGAUGUACUCUUCUCUACUGCCUCUAUCAUGCAUCUCUGCGCUAUAUCUCUGGACCGGUACAUUGCAAUAAGAAAUCCAAUCCAUCACAGUCGCUUUAACUCAAGGACCAAGGCUUUAGCCAAGAUAAUAGCUGUAUGGACCAUUUCUGUGGGUAUUUCCAUGCCGGUGCCUGUGUUUGGCUUACAAGAUGACAGUAAAGUGUUUGAUCAAGAAAACUGUUCCUUGUCAGAUGAAAAUUUCAUUAUCAUUGGAUCCUUUGUGGCAUUUUUUAUACCUUUAAUCAUCAUGGUGAUCACAUACUUUUUAACAAUAAAAUCACUCCAGAAAGAAGCUACUCUGUGUAUUAACAAUCUUGGAGCUAAAAGCAAACUGGCUUUGUUUAGCUUCCUUCCUCAAAGCUCAAUCUCCUCAGAAAAAUUAUUCCAGCGUUCCUUGCAAAAGGAACUUGCUCCUUAUGGGAGAAAAACUAUGCAGUCUAUUAGUAAUGAACAAAAAGCUUCUAAAGUCCUUGGAAUUGUCUUUUUCCUUUUUGUCAUUAUGUGGUGUCCAUUUUUCAUCACUAACGUGAUGGCCGUGUUUUGCAAGGAAUCUUGCAAUGAACAUGUCAUUGGUGAACUGCUGAAGGUUUUCGUUUGGAUUGGCUACCUGUCUUCAGCAGUUAAUCCACUGGUUUAUACACUCUUCAACCAAACUUACCGCUCUGCAUUUUCACGGUACAUUCAGUGUCGCUACAGGGAAGAAAAGAAGCCUUUACAGUUGAUCUUAGUGAACACCAUCCCGGCAUUGGCAUACAACUCAAGUCAGCUCCAGCUUGCACAAAUGAAAAGCUUAAAGAAAGAAGGCAAAAUGAAGACUAAUGACUAUUCUUUGGUGACUAUUGGAUUACAACCUUUAGAUAGAGCAUCUAAGACUGGUGUGGCACCACUAAAUGAAAAUGUUAGCUGUUUGUGACUGUGGCACAUGUAAAAAAAACAACAAUUAUGUUACAUACACUGAAAGAGCAAUGGUCAGGGAGUGUAAGAAAAACUGUUUUAAAAAAGAAGUUUGCGUAAUAAGAGACAUCUAAUAUAUAAGCAUACUCAUUUGUUUUUUACGGAAAACAGGGUACAGAUUGAUGUAAAUAUAGAAAACAGCACUAUCCUCAGUGAUAUAUUUAUUUUAAAACAGACUGCAAACAAGCCAGUCAUGCUGAUGUUAUGGUUAAGGCAUUUAGCUGUCUUACUACAAAACACUCACUGUUUUACUCUCAACAAGCACUUUAAAAGGAACGCAUAAACACGAUUGGUGCUGGAAGGAAGAAAUCCAUGCCCAUGCUGAGAUGAGAACAUUUCUGAAGCAAUGGGAGGUGUUUCUGGGCCCGGCAGUGCAGGACCGCUGUCUUAGAAAAAUGUAGAUUAGAGGCAACUAGAGUACCUCAAUAAUCCACAUUUAGGUAUGCCACUUCUAAGGGACAUUAUAAUUAUCAGGAAUUUUAAAAACAUUUAACAAAAAAGGUACCCAGAACUUAAAGGUAAUAAAAUGUUAUUGCUUUGUAAAAGAAAACUCAGUUUGACAGUAUAAAAUGGGUCUGAGUUAAAGGGGAACUCUGCUUCUGAACCAAAAUAUGUUAAGGAGCUCCACACAAUACAGCAUACUAGUAUAGUUUUCAUUGUAAUCUGUUUCUUCAAAAAUGAUUAAUAAAUACCAUUCUUAUUAGCUGAAAUCCAGCUGCAAAACAGUUCUUCCCUUUCUGCAUCAUUUAAAAUCCUGGCAGGGGAGAAGGGACUUAAACACUGAUGUUUGCCCUGUGAUUUCACGUGUGCAUGGAAAUGUGGAAUUUGGAGGAUGCAGGCUGAGGACAGUCGACUACUGUUAAAUAGUCUCAAAGUAGUCAGCCAGGCUUAGG